AUGGACUCGGCCGGUCAACUCCUCACCACCGCCCACGGCCUCUACGCACGCUCCGGCGGCGUGGCAGGCGACUCCGCGAAGCGACCACCCAUAUACAAAGUCGUGGGCAUCAUUCUGGCAAUAUCCUCGGGCGCCUUCAUCGGCGUGUCCUUCGUGCUGAAGAAGCACGGCCUGCUCAAGGCCAAUGCAAAGUACAACGAAGAGGCGGGCGAGGGCUACGGCUACCUCAAGAAUGCCUGGUGGUGGACCGGCAUGACGCUGAUGAUCAUUGGCGAGAUCUGCAACUUCGUCGCCUACGCCUUCGUCGACGCCAUUCUCGUCACACCCAUGGGCGCCCUCUCCGUCGUCAUUACCGCCAUUCUAUCUGCCAUAUUCCUGAAGGAGCGCUUGAGUUUUGUGGGCAAGGUCGGGUGCUUUAACUGCAUUAUCGGCUCCGUCGUCAUCGUCAUAAAUGCCCCGGAACAGUCCGCCGUCGCCGAUAUCCAGGAUAUGAAGGAUUUGGUCAAAGCGCCCGGCUUCCUCAGCUACGCCGGCGUUGUCAUUGUUGGUUGUGUAGUCGUGGCCCUUUGGUUAGGGCCAAAGUAUGGAAAGAAGUCUAUGUUGGUAUACCUUUCCAUCUGCAGUCUAAUCGGAGGCCUCAGCGUUGUUGCAACGCAGGGCCUCGGAGCUGCCAUUGUCGCUCAGAUUGCAGGAAAAUCGCAGUUUAAAGAGUGGUUUCUAUAUGUCCUGCUCGUAUUUGUCAUCUCGACGCUGGUCACCGAGAUCAUUUAUCUAAACAAAGCGCUCAACCUCUUCAACGCAGCGCUCGUUACUCCGACCUACUACGUCUUCUUCACCUCUGCCACCAUUGUUACCUCCGCUAUCCUCUUCCAAGGCUUCAAGGGCACCGCUGCAACAAUAUCCACCGUUAUUAUGGGUUUCCUGCAGAUUUGCGCCGGAGUAGUCCUGCUGCAGCUCUCCAAGUCUGCCAAAGACGUCCCCGAUGCUGCCGUCUUCAAGGGCGACCUCGACCAGGUCCGCACCGUCGCCGAACAGGAAGAACCCGAGUACGAACCCAGGGCAGACACCAUUCGCGGCGGUGGCGCCAUCCUGCGCUCUCUGUCAAGAGCCCGAAGCGAGAAGCAAAUGAUGGAAGUAAAGAGGUUACAGGAGGAGCAUAUGGAGCCCAUCGGCGAAGGGGAGCAGGUCGAAUUCGAUGGCCUGCGAAGACGCAAGACGAUCCUGGAUCCGGACCACCCGUCGCGGAAUGCUACUAUCGUUCGCCACAGGACCAUCCAUCCGCCGUUGGGCAUGUCACAUUUUCCCACGGAUGAGUCAGAUGACGACAACAGCAGCUACCAUCCAGGCUUCUUUCAGAGGCUCCGGUCGCGAGGAAAGUCACAAAGCAGCACGAAUCCUCCGGUUAGCCUCUCGAAUCUAGAACCAAUAAGCUCAGACGGUGCCUCGGAUAAGGACUCGUAUACCAGAGCAAUGCAGACAGACACCUCGUACAAGCCCCAUGAGACAACGAUCCACUUCGGUACACUGCCACAUCCACCACAUCCAGGUCAACAUGACCGCCAAUCUUCCGGCGACUCAUUGCGUCCCCCGAAACCGCCACCGCACACUGCAAAGCGCCAAUUCUCGUUUCAGAACGUGUUUGGUAGAAACCGUGCGCAGUCUGGCGGCGAGCAGUCGAUAACUGGACGUCCCACGAGCAGAAGUAGUAGGAAGAGCAGUCGCGAGGAUAAGGGGGGUGCGACAGAGGAGGAACGGCUAGGGCUUGUGAAGGGUGAUUCUUCAGCACUCCUUCCGAUCCCAAGUCGCGAUAGCCAAGAGCUCAACCCGCCCACGUACUCGGAUGUCGACGACGACUGGCGGAUAAUUAGGAGUCCCAGUCCUGGCGUCUCGCCCGGCCGAGGCCCGUCUACCGCAGCGCCGGGUAUACGGAGGACGGAGACGGAAGAGACCAGCCCGUAUGACGAGAAGGACGUGGAAAAAGGAAGAGGCGGCGCGUUCCUCUAG